AAAAUAUUCCUACCGAUCUCGAUUUUCCCAACCAUUGCAAACUUUCAUUAAAAACAACACCAUCUUGUGAGGGCAUACGUUGUGGAAUUAAUUGAGUUAAUGAUGGAAGUAAUCUUCGACAUAAUUAGCGGCGAUUUAAAGAAAUAGAGGGAUUAGCUUAUACGGGGCGGGCUUUGCCGCGCAACUAUUAUAAUUAAUUAGAGUACUCAGGUCCCAAACAAGCCGUGAACAUCAAGUUAACUUUAACAUCAUUUCACUUUUUUAUUCACUCAAAACCAGAACACUGGUGAAUGAGGCAUCUUUAUAUAAACAAAGAUUCGAUAUAAGAGUCUCGGACAGCGUGCUCGGAGUAUUGCUGCCUAGUCAACGUUAAAGUGGUAAUUAUUUUAGACAACUCAACCAUAAUCAUGUUUCAGUUCAGCGUGACACAUCACACCCUGCCUGUUCACGAUGUGCGACAGUUCGUGCCACUCAAACCUGCCAGUCCAAACUUCAUCCGAACGAUGACCGGAAAUGGAGACGGUAACGGGCUAACUACGUGUACAUCUAUAUCAGCUGGUGGAAUCUGGAGUGACAGUACUCCCAAACUGGCCAUGGGUAUGAUUUUGCGAGGUGAUUGCCCAAAUCAACGUGGAGUGUGCGUUCCAGCUCCCAUGACUGCCCGCCCACCCCUGCGGGGAAGAACAUUUGUGGAUAGUCCCGGGAGGUGCAGCCCGGCAAAGCGCUCCGUGACGAUACAGAUGAAAGUGUGGAGCCGUCAACUACACCGACUGAAGAGGAAAACGGACUCACUGCGGAAAAAGGAUGUAGAAAUCAAACAGAGGUUUCAAGAAAUCAGACGAAAAGCCAAGCGCGUGAUUUCUGACACCGACCUCUCUCUAACGGAAAGUGAGGAUUAUGCUACACCCGAGAAAAGACAGAAACUGACGAGUGCCGAAACAGAGAAAAAGGGGCAAGUCAUAAUCGAGGACAGCAUACUUACAGACAAACAGGAGGAAUCAAGAACCAAUGACAUUAAAAUACCGCGCUUAGCUUUGAUGACGUCAGAACCACCGGCCAAUCAACGGUUGUGUAUGGAUGAUGAACCCGGAACCAUAACAACAGACGAAAAGUGCCUGUCUGACACCGCAACCGGUGUCAGUGUGGACAAAAUGUACUUGUCACAUUUGCUUGAUGUCCCGACGAGACGGUAUAAAGUAGCACAGCGACGUCACCGAUCGGGCUCCGAUAUCCCAUUAUGCACGAAAGAAAAUGGCGACGUUUUGCAUCCAGUACCGUUUCCAAGGACUUUCUUGAAAAAAGGAAAAAAGUGUACAAACUGUUGAAACGUUUCCAUAGUUACUACACGCUCAUUGUUAUGUAUAGCGACUGAUAUUUAUUUGUUUUAAAAGUACGAUAGUAUUUCUUCAUAGCAUGAGUACAUUAGUUGUGUAAUGUUCUAUAAGUAAUCACGUGUACAUUCCGUUCUUUACAAAUUGUAUAUAUGUACAGUGUUUAUAUAUGUUCAGUCUUAGACACGAAUUGAUAGUUGUAAAUAACAUUGUAUCUUUAUGAUAUGGAAAUGACAAGCUUUUAUAUUUGAAUAAACGAGAUGAAUCUAAAAGUG